AUGAAAAAAAUUAAGGACGAAUUUGAUGAUUAUUAUGAUGCAUAUGAAGAGAAUUGGUCACCCGAUACAUUUGCAGAAUUGGAAUCAAGCGAAAGUUUAGAAAAAACGAUACAAAAAAAAAUGUAUAAAGAAGAAUUCGAGCAGAGCAAUUUCUUUUGUGCAGCAAAGGAAAUAUAUUCAAACGACUCCGAAAGUAUGCAAGUAGAUAAUAAUGAUAUAAAAAAAAAAGAAAUAACAAAUGAUGAUAUAGUAAAUGAUAAUAAUAAUGAAAUUAAAAAUGAUGAUAUAGUAAAUAAUGAUAAUAAUAGUCAUCAUUUAGUAUUAGAUAUCGACGAAAAUAUCGAUCUUACUGAGGAAGACGUUGAACCUACUAAUAAAAAUGAAAAUAAUUUUGAUGAAAGUAAAUGGACUAAUCAUUUUAAUGAAGAAGAUCAAAAGGAAGAUUCAAACAAAUUAUAUGAUGAAAGGAAUGAUGAUAUAGAUGAGAACAAAAAAAGUCAUGAAGAAAUUAAUUUAUUUAAAGAUAUAUAUGAUGAAUUGGAAAAUUCUAAAAAUGAAAAAGAAAAUAACUAUGAGAAUUAUUCAUAUAAUGAUAAUUAUUCGAAUAAAAAAAAUGAAAACUGUGAUUCUUUUUUGAAUGAAUUAAAUAUGUAUAGUAAUAACAUAGAAAGAAAUGAUGAUGAAAAAAAUGAUUCGUUAAGUGUCAUUAAUAGGAACGAAUCUGACUUAAAUUUAUUUGAUGAUUUAAAUGAUACCAAUCAUUAUAACAGUAAUAGUAAAGAUAAGAAUGAUUUCGAUCCAUGUAGUAAUAGUUAUAAUGAAUAUAAAGAAAAAGAUGAUAUUUUUGUUGAUAAUAAUAAUAAUAAUAGUCAUAUGAAUGAUAUUUUUGAGAACUGUCAUAGAUAUGAAAAAAACGAAGAAUAUGAAAACUAUUCAAAUAAAUCAUUUUGUCCUAUUUUAAAGAAAGGAGAAAAUGAUUAUGAUGAUACAAAGGAAAAUAAAAUUGAUAUGAUAAAUAUGAAUAAUUUUGAAAGAUAUAAUUUAAAAGAUGAAAAUGUAAGUUUACAAAAUGAUGAUAUUGUUAGUAUUAUCAGUGAAAGAUUACAAGAAGAUAAAAAUAAAAAUAAAAAUUCUAUGGAUUAUAGUUUUUAUAAUAAUAAUACCUAUACAAGUUAUAAUGAUAAAGAUAUAAAAGAUAUCUUAUCAAAUUAUAAUAUGUCAAAUGAUAUAUCUAAUAAUUUAUCUAAUAUUAUUUCAAAUAUGAUAUCUAAUAAUCUAUCUAAUAUCAUAUCAAAUAAUAUAUCUAAUUAUAAUAUAUCCGAUAGUAUUGAUUCAAAUAAAAAUAAUUUAAAAUAUAAUAAUAGUCUAAAUAAUAAUGACAGUACUAUAGAUAAUGGUACAAAUAGCUCUAAUAAUAUAAAUUAUAGUAAUAAUAAUAUAAAAAAUAAUACCUCUUCUAUUAAUGAUAAUUAUAAUGGUAUAUUGCAUAAUAGUUCAUUAUCCAAUAGAGAUAUAUACAAUCAAAGGAAUAAUAAAGACAUAAAUACUAAAAGUGAUAUUAUGAAUAAUUCUUUAGAUAAACAUUAUUAUAAUGAUAAUUAUAGUUAUGAUAACUCUUAUAUAGAUAAAGAAAUAAAUCAUAUGUUUGAGGAAGAUAAUUUAGAAAAUGCUUCAAUGGAAUAUAACAACAAUUAUAAACCUUUUGACAAACCGAUAAACAAAGAACAUGAUAAUGAAAAGACAGACACACCGACAGAGAUAAAUAAUACUAAAAAUGAUGAUAUAAAUAUAAAUAUAAAUAGAUAUAAUGAAUCUAAUUACUCUAGAGAAUAUUUUGAAGAGAUCGAAAAUGAAUUAAUAAUGAAUGAUAAAAAUAAUAUAAAUAAUAUGAAUAAUUAUGAUGAAGCUGAUAUAUAUAAUAUUAACGAACAAAAAACACAAUCUGUAACACAAAAAGAAGGAAAUGAUGAAGAGAUUAAAACAAGGGAGAAUAGUAUUGAUAUUUGUGUAGACCUAUAUGAUGAGGAACCUUGGGACGAAAAUAUUAAAAGAGAAAAAAACAAUGACAAGAAAAGGUUAUCUAAUCAGAAAGGAAAAUAUAAUAAAUCCUCCAUUUUGAAAGAUAACUCUUCAAAUAAUAAUAAUAAUAUUGAGAAGAACAAUGUUAAUGUUAUAGGAGAUAAAAAGAAGAAACAAACAAAAAAGGAAACAUCACAAUAUAAUAAUAGUACUUAUGUUAAUAAGAAAGAAAGGAUUAUAUCUACAAAAUUAAUAAAACAAACGAAUGAAAGUGAUAACCUUAAAGAACUAGGAAAUGAAUUAAAUAAUCAGAUUAAUAAACUAGAAAAAGAACAAGAUAAAGUUAAAAAGCUAGAAUAUGAAUUAAUUGCUAAAAGUGCAGAAAUAGAAUUAGAAAGAGAAGAAAUGAAAAAUACCAUAGAACAAGAAAAAAAAAAAAUGAUGAAAACUAUUGAAGAAGAAAAAAAAAAAUGGAAUAAAGAAAAAAAAAGAAUUGAAGGAGAAGUAGAGAAACAAAGAAAUAUUAUAAUGCAUAAAAGAAAAUUAACAAACGAAAUAGCAAUGUUCAAAAAUAAAAUAAAAGAAUUAGAAGAGAAAUUAGAAAAAGACAAAAAAGAACAUAAAAUUAUUGUAGACAAAUUAAAAAAAAAGGUAGACAAUUUAAAAAUAGAAAAUGAAAAACUUAAAACAGAAUUAAAAAUAUCAGAUGAAUAUAGAAAUAAAUUAGAAGUAUAUCAACAAAAUACUAUUAUGAAAUUAGCUACAACAGUUAAUAAAACAAAAAAAAGCCAAAAUUAUAAAGGCAAAAGUUUUUUAAAUACAUCAUCUGAAUCGUCAAUGCAACAAGAAUUAUAUAAUAAUAAUUAUAAUAAUAAUAGUAAUAGUAUAAACAAUAGCGAUAUUAUAAAUAAUCACAAUAAUGCUAAGAAUAAAUUAUAUGAUACCAAAAAAAAUAAUAAAUUAGAUAUUAAUAAGAACUCGUUGGAGUCUUCUGAUAAUUCUGAUGAAAUAAAAAAAAUUAUUAAUAAUAAAAAGAAUAACAUACAUAAAGAUUUAGAAAUUAUAUAUAAUAGUUCUAUUAACACAGAAGAUGAAAUUUAUAACAAAAAAAUAUUGGACAAUGACUACAAAAUAAAAGUUAAAAAUAAUAAUAAUAAUAAUAAUACACAUUUGAAAAGUAACAAGAAUAAAUUUACACUGGAUAAAUUAUUUAUUCAAAACAAAAAUGAUAAAGAUAGUUAUAAACAUUCAGAUAAUAAUAAAAUAGAUGAAGAAUAUAUUAAUAAAAAUUUAAAGAGAAUGAGAUCAAUAAUUAAAAAUAAAAAAAAAUUGUUAGAAGAAAAAAUGUCUUCUCAUGAAAAUGACGAUAGUUGUAGUUUAGUAACUACUACAAAUGAUAUUAAUUUGAAUGAAAAAGAAGCAUUUUUUUAUGAGCACUGUAAAAAGAAUAAGGAUGAAAUUUUAUUCAGUGAUGAUAUAAAAUAUGGAAAUAAUAAGACAAAUAUAAAAUAUGACAAAAGAAUAUCAAAUAAAGAUGGGGAUGAUAUUAUAUAUGAAAAUAUGAAUAAGAAGAAAAAUAAAGGUAGUACACUAAAUAAUAAUAAAAUAAUGAAACCUUCUUUGGUUAAUAAUACAAAUGAAAUAUAUAUGAGUGAUUAUAAUACAAAUGAGAAUAAUGAAAGGUCUUACAAAACAUAUAGGAAUUAUUCUACUAGUAAUCAAAAAGGAAAGGAUGAUAUUAUAAAUAAUAAAGUAAUAUCUAAAAAAAGAACAAAUAGUAUAGAUAGGUAUAAUAUAAAUAAUAAUAUAGGUAAUGAUAAUAAUUUAAAACCUUUUGGUAAGGACUGGAAUUUUGUAAUGAACUUUGAUUUUGACGAAUUAUUCAAUCAAUGUGAAAAUGUUAUAGAAUCUAUUUUUUCCUCAUCUAAAAAAAUAAAAUAUAGACAAGCAUUUAUUGAUGGAAAGGUAGAAACGUUAUUUGAUGAUGGAUUAAAAUUAAUUGAAAAAAACAGAAAUAAAAAAAUUAUGCAUCCAACUAAUAUAACAAUAUAUCUGUACCCUACAAAGGAUUACAAGGCACACCUUCCAAAUUCUUACAUGUUAUUUCGAUUUGUUAACAAAGGAAUAUAUCAAGUGAACAUACCAAAUAAAUGCCAACUAAACAAAUUUCCAAGUGGACAAGUAGAUUGUAAAUAUACUGAUGGACAUAUACAAAUAUUAUUUUGUGAUGGAAAAAGAAAAGAAAUAUUACCCAACAGGGAGGAGUAUGUUAUAUUACGUAACGGAACUAUAAAAAAGUUAAAUUAA